AUGGCCCGAUAUUAUUCGCACUUUUCUCUCUUUCAAUUGAUAUUUAAAACAUCGGGUGACAAAACUCUUGCUUCUUCAAAUAUCUACGGGCUAAACGCGAAAUAUGAUUAUUUCUCUCUCUCUCUCUCUCUCUCUCUCUCUCUCUCUCUCUCUCUUUGUCAUUCACGUGCUCUCACACACAAUCUCCUUUUCUCUCUCUCUCUCUCUCUCUCUCUCUCUCUCUUCCACACGCAUACAUACGCACACAAAAAAUCUUACUCUCUUGGUAAGUUUGAAAUUACUCUCUCUCUCUCUCUCUCUCUCUCUGGCUCUCUCACCCUCUCUCUCUCUCUCUCUCUCUUUUCUUUCUUUCUUCCACGCACAGUCAAGACUCCUUACUUUACAAAUUACUACAGUACAAUCUUCAUGUCGUUCUGUAUGAAGUUUACUAAAUUUUGUAUUCUCUAUCUUUCUCUAACACUCUCUUCCCGUCUCUCUCCGCCUAUCUCUUACUCUCUCUCUCCAACUCCCCCUCCUCUCUCUCUCCAACUCCCCCUCCUCUCUCUCUAA